CCUUCUCCUUCCAACUCUCAAAUUCCAAGGAUUUUUUGUUUAUCUAUUCCACUCCUCCUUUUCGUCUUAUUUGCGACUGGAUUCGACAUUCUGUUCCUGAAUGUCUUUAAGCUGUUCUGUUGCAGAAUUACGCAUCAUCUCUGGAAUCUCGAUCCACUGUGAUUUUGGGAAUAUUUUCCUUCAACACUCUUUGUCCGGAACUUUUUAGCUUUUCGAUGGGUCUCAAUGCGCGCGUUUGGCGGGGUUAAGCGAACUAUCCUUGACAUGUAACGGCAAUCGCACCGUUUAGAAGGAAAACGCGUACUAUAUUUAUACGAACGGAAAGUUUUUUUGCGUCUUUUCUUCAGUCUGAUCGCACUGGACAUCCAGAGCAAAGCCGCUGUCUCGCCAUAGCGAACGAUGGGGGGCGAAUGCGUGCGCAUAUAGAGUGCCAAAAACGCGUUUGGAGUUUCCUGUCAUCAUCGGCAUCUAUUUAAACAACGAUACAACUUACAGCCCAUCUUAAUAAGAGUAGUAACCACGAUAUUUCCCGUCAGAAACUGUUGGAUUAUUUGGAGGACACUGUAGGCUCAAGUGGACUGCGUUUUUACGCACCGAUUGCGCGUCAUGAAUCCGCCGUCCGGAGACGCCGUGACUUUAUGUCUUCGCAACUCUCAUCCUAAAGCCCACAUCUCUGUCAUCGUGAUGUUUUGAUGCUGUUCAUUUUUGGUUUACAAAUAUGAUGAAAUGGCAGCCCAGGAAAAAGGCAUACUUCCGACAGGGUGUUGCCCUUCAGUAUCUUGGGCGCCAUGCAGACGCCCUGGCAGCGUUUGCGUCGGGACUGGCGCAGGACCCCAAGAGUCUUCAGCUGUUGGUGGGGAUGGUGGAGGCCGCCAUGAAGUCCCCGCUGCGAGAAUCUUUGGAGCCCACCUACCAACAGCUACAGAAGAUGAAGUUAGACAAGUCGCCGUUUGUUGUGGUGUCUGUGAUUGGCCAGGAGCUUCUGACCGCCUCCCAUCACGGCGCCUCGGUGGUCGUUCUGGAAGCGGCGCUGAAGAUCGGCACCUGCAGUCUCAAACUGCGCGGCUCGGUUUUCUCUGCGUUAAGCAGCGCUUAUUGGUCAUUGGGCAACACAGAGAAGAGCACCGCCUACAUGCAACAAGACCUGGAGGUGGCCAAAACUUUAGGCGACCAGACAGGUGAGUGUCGCGCUCACGGAAACCUGGGCUCGGCCUUCUUCUCCAAGGGGAAUUACCGCGAGUCCCUAAGUAACCACAGACACCAGCUCGUCCUGGCUAUGAAACUCAAGGACAGAGAGGCGGCGUCCUCCGCUCUCAGCAGCCUGGGCCACGUCUACACAGCCAUCGGCGACUACCCCAAUGCCCUGGCCAGUCACAAGCAGUGCGUCCUACUGGCCAAACAAUCCAAGGACCAGCUUUCAGAGGCCCGCGAGCUCGGCAACAUGGGAGCCGUCUACAUCGCCAUGGGCGACUUCGACAACGCAGUACAGUGUCACGAACAGCACCUGAGCAUCGCCAAGACCCUGGGGAACAAACGCGAGGAAGCACGCGCGUACAGCAACCUGGGCAGCGCUUAUCACUACCGUCGCAAUUUUGACAAGGCCAUGUCUUACCACACGCACGUGCUGGAGCUCGCUCAGGAGCUGGAGGAGAAGAGCAUAGAGAUGAGGGCGUACGCAGGGCUGGGUCACGCCGCCAGAUGUAUGCAGGACCUGGAGAGGGCAAAGCAGUACCACGAACAACAGCUUAGCAUCGCCGAAGGUCUGAAGGACAGGGCGGCCGAGGGCAGGGCUUCAUCUAACCUGGGAAUCAUUCACCAGAUGAAAGGGGACUACGAAACUGCUCUGAAGUUACACAAGACUCAUCUGUCUAUCGCUCAGGAGCUGAACGACUACGCCGCCCAGGGCAGAGCGUACGGAAACAUGGGCAACGCUUACAACGCCCUCGGUGCCUUCGACCAGGCGGUGCGAUACCACAGACAAGAGCUUCAGAUCUCCAUGGAGGUCAACGACCGCGCUUCACAGGCUUCCACUCACGGAAAUCUGGCGGUGGCUUACCAAGCUCUGGGCGCUCACGAUCGAGCCCUCCAACAUUACCAGAACCAUCUGAACAUUGCACGAGAGUUGAGAGACAUUCAGAGCGAGGCACGGGCGCUCGGCAACCUGGGAAAUUUUCACUGCUCGCGGGGGGAGUUUCCCCAAGCCGUGCCGUACUACGAGCAGUAUCUGCGGCUCUCCCCGGACUUGCAAGAUAUGGAGAGCGAGGGGAAGGUCUGUCACAAUCUCGGAUAUGCACACUACUGUCUGGGCAACUUUCAGGAGGCGGUGAAGUAUUACGAGCAAGACCUGGCGCUUGCUAAAGACCUCCACGACAAGUUGAGUCAAGCCAAAGCCUACUGCAAUCUGGGCCUGGCCUUCAAAGCCCUCGGCGACUUCGCCAAAGCAGAGGAGUGCCAAAAAUACCUGCUUUCUUUGGCGCAGUCGCUGAACAACUCGCAAGCCAGGUUCCGCGCCUUGGGCAACCUGGGCGACAUCUUUUUGUGCAAGAAGGACGUUCCCGGUGCCGUCAAGUUUUACGAGCAGCAGUUGACUUUAGCGCAUCAGGUCAAGGAUCGCAAGAUGGAAGCCAACGCCUACGCCGCCUUGGGCGCCGCCUAUAGGAUGCUGCAGAAAUAUGACAAGGCCUUGGGAUACCACACCCAGGAACUGGAGGUGUAUCAAGAGCAGGGAGAUAUCCAGGGGGAGUGCCAAGCUCACGGACACCUCGCUGCCGUGUACAUGGCCCUCGGAAAGUACACCAUGGCCUUUAAAUGCUACGAAGAACAGCUCGAGCUGGGUCAAAGACUGAAGGACCCCAGCAUCGAAGCCCAGGUGUACGGUAACAUGGGCAUCACUAAAAUGAACAUGGGCGUCAUGGAGGAGGCCAUUGGAUAUUUCGAGCAGCAGUUGGCGAUGUUGCAACAGCUCAGUGGCAACGAGGCCGUGCUUGAUCGAGGACGAGCUUACGGGAACCUGGGCGACUGUUAUGACUCCCUGGGGGAUUUCGAAGAGGCUAUUAAGUACUACGACCAAUAUCUGUCAGUGGCACAGAGUCUCAGUCAUAUGCAGGACCAGGAGAAGGCAUACAGAGGUCUGGGAAACGGACACAGGGCGAUGGGGAACCUGCAGCAGGCUCUGGUGUGUUUUGAGAAACGGUUGGUGGUGGCACAUGAGCUGGGAGAAUGUGGAGGAAAAGCUCAGGCGUACGGAGAACUGGGCAGCCUGCACAGCCAACUGGGCAACUACGAGCAGGCCAUUUCCUGUCUGGAACGGCAGCUCGGCAUCGCCCGUGACACCCAGGAUCGAUUGCUGGAAGGUGACGCCAGCUGCGGUCUGGGCACCGUGUACCAGCUGAUGGGCGAGUACGACACGGCCCUUCAGUUCCACCAGCUGGACCUCCAGAUUGCAGAGGACACGGGCAGCGCCAGCUGUCAGGGCCGGGCGUACGGGAAUCUGGGACUCACCUACGAGUCGCUGGGUAAUUUCGAGCGGGCCGUGGUUUACCAAGAGCAGCACCUGAGCAUUGCGGCACAAACCAACGACCUGGUAGCCAAGACCCUGGCAUAUAGCAGUUUGGGACGUACACACCACGCUCUACAAAACUACUCGCAGUCUGUCAUGUAUCUGCAGGAAGGUCUGCGUCUAGCGGAGCAGCUGGGCCGUCGUGAGGACGAAGCCAAAAUCCGUCAUCGUUUGGGGCUCUCGCUGUGGGCCAGCGGCAACCUGGAAGAGUCUCAGCACCAGCUGUACCGCGCCUCGGCUCUGUUCGAGACCAUCCGUCAUGAAGCCCAGCACAGCACCGACUACAAGCUCUCCCUCUUUGACCUGCAGACCUCCUCGUACCAGGCUCUCCAGCGGGUCCUUGUCAGCCUCGGUCAUCACGACGAGGCGCUGGCGGUGGCAGAGCGCGGACGCACCCGUGCUUUCGCUGACCUGCUGGUGGAGAGACAGACGGGUCAGCAGGAUUCAGACCCCUACACACCCGUCACCGUGGAGCACAUUCUGGACACUGUGAAUGGACAGCGCGCGCUGGUUCUUUACUUCUCUCUGGCCGCUGGUUACCUGUACAGCUGGCUCCUCGCUCCAGGGUCUGGUAUCCUGAAGUUUCAUGAGGUGUACCUGGGCGAGGGCGCAUCGGAGGGCGGAGCGUCAGACUUCCAGGAGGCGGGCGGAUGUGUGGGCUCUUCUCUGGAGCAGCACAUCGCUAACGCCCGCGAGGCCCUCGGAGUCGAUUCCUACUACAGCAGAGCGUGUUCCAGCAGCGAGACUGAGAGUGAAGCUGGAGAUCUGCUGGAUCAACAGUUUGAAGAGCUCAACAACAAGCUAAACUCAGUGACAGACCCCACCGGAUUCCUCAGGAUGGUAUCCAGAAACAACCUCUUUAACAGAAGUUGUCAGAGUAUGACAAGUCUCUUCAGUAACACAGUAUCUCCGGUGAAAGAGGGCAGCUCAUCUCUGCCACGCCGUGCCAGCGCACUCGGCAAACCACCGUUACGAGCUCUUUAUGACCUGCUGAUCGCUCCGAUGGAGGGGGGUCUGAUGCACUCCAGUGGUCCGGUGGGCAGACACAGACAGUUAGUUCUGGUUCUGGAGGGCGAGCUCUAUCUCAUCCCGUUUGCUCUGUUGAAGGGCAGUUCUUCUAAUGAGUAUCUGUAUGAACGCUUCAGUCUCAUCGCCGUUCCAUCUAUCGGCAGUCUGGGCACAACAGCUAAAGUUCACCCACGCCGGACCGGUCCGGUUCUGUGUAACGGAGGCAUGGCCGCAGUCGUCGGAAACCCUCGACUCCCACCGUCUGUAAUGGACCGCUGGCUGUGGGGUCCGAUGCCCACCGCCGAGGAGGAAGCCCACAUGGUGGCCGAUCUUCUGGGCUGUCAGCCGCUGGCCGGCCCCGCGGCCACCAAAGAGCGAGUCAUGAGCGCCCUCACGCAGGCCGAGUGCGCCCACUUCGCCACCCACAUCUCUUGGAAGCUGGCAGCUCUGGUGCUCACGCCCAGCCUCGACGCUGGCUCCGGACCCUCGGCUCCCGCUCCCAGGGGUUCGGGGGGUGGUGAGGGUGGAGGAAAGUCCAACUACACCAUCCCAGAGAGCCUGCACUUGCAAGAUGAUGCCAGCGAUGCGGAGAGUAUUUGCGACAGCCCGCCGCUGCAAGAGUUCCUGCUCACCGCGGCCGACAUCCUGGACCUCAGAUUGCCCACCAAACUCGUGGUGCUGGGCUCAUACCAGGAGUCGGAUAGUAAAGUGACCUCUGAUGGGGUGGUGGGUUUGACUCGGGCUUUCCUGGCGGCCGGAGCUCAAUGUGUGCUGGUCUCUCUGUGGCCGGUGCCCGUCGCUGCCUCCAAGGUGUUCGUCCACGCUUUCUACAGCGCUCUGCUCAACGGAACCAAAGCCAGCGCGGCCCUCACGGACGCCAUGAAAACCGUUCAGAGCAGCAAGCAGUUCUCACACCCUUCCAACUGGGCAGGCUUUAUGUUGAUCGGCAGUGACGUGAAGCUGAACAGCCCGUCAUCUCUGAUUGGUCAGGCGCUGGCGGAGAUCCUGCAGUACCCUGACAAAGCCCGAGACGCCCUGAGGGUUCUCCUGCACUUGGUGGAGAAAUCCCUGCAGCGCAUUCAGAACGGUCAGAGGAACUCUAUGUACACGUCUCAGCAGAGUGUAGAGAAUAAGGUGGGGGGUGUGCCGGGCUGGCAGGCUCUUCUCACCGCCGUGGGCUUCAGACUGGACUCAGCUGGGACGGGACUUCCUGCCGCUGUGUUCUUUCCCACAUCAGACCCCGGAGACAGAUUACAACACUGCAGUACAACCCUACAGUCACUGCUGGGUUUACCUCCACCUGCUCUACAGGCCUUAUGUAAACUGAUCACAGCAUCAGAAACUGGAGAACAGCUCAUCAACCGGGCUGUUAAAAAUGUAGUGGGAAUGCUCCAUCAGGUGUUGGUUCAGCCUCAGUCUGGAGAGAAGGAGCAGGAUUUCUCUCUCGCACCCAUUCAAGUGUCCAUCAGCGUUCAGCUCUGGAGACUCCCCGGCUGUCAUGAGUUCCUCGCUGCUCUGGGGUUUGACCUGUGUGAGGUCGGUCAAGAGGAGGUGGUUUUAAAGACGGGCAAGCAGGCAAACCGUCGCACCAUGCACUUUGCCCUGCAGUCUCUGCUGGCACUGUUUGACUCAACUGAGCUGCCAAAGCGUCUGAGUCUAGACAGCUCAUCCUCGCUGGAGUCUCUGGCGUCAUCACAAUCUGUGUCCCACCAGCUGACCAUGGGCUACCCCAACCCGCCCUUCUCUCCUCCCUGCCCCGACAGCCUGGCAUCAGACGCCAUCUCUGUCUACAGCCUUAGUUCCAUCGCCUCCUCCAUGAGCUUCCUGUCCCGGCCCGACGGCGAUUUCAUCAGCCAGCGCUCGCGUCAGCAGGAACUAGAGCGCCACCGGGGCGGAGCCGGACUGUUUGCAUCACAUCGGCACACCGCGGUGCCACGUAGUCGAUCGUCUCCGCACGGAGCCGCCGGAGGUCACGACGACGAAGAAUACGAAGGCUACAGUAUCAUCAGCAGCGAGCCCUUGGGUACCCAGAGCGACACGCUCCCCCGGCCCGCAAAUCACAGGCAUCACAGGGGUGCGGUGCGUGGCGGGGCAGGCAGGGGAUACACGGUGUCAGUGUCCACGAGGGGAAGCGUCAGCACCCCGACGUCGCCUGUGAAAACAACCCUGGUGCCCAGUCCCAACUCUCCCUUCCAGAAGGUGGGGAAGGUUAGCACCUCAGACACGGGCGAGUCGGAUCAGUCCAGCACCGAGACUGACAGCACUGUGAAAUCCCAGGAGGAACGUACGCCCGGAGCCCCGCUUGACCCGCAGGAGCUCGCCCAGAAGAUUCUCGAAGAGACGCAAAGCCACAUGCGUGCCGUCGAGACUCUGCAGCGGAGCACAGGAGGGGCCUCGCCGGGCAACGGGUUCGGCGGAGGAGGCCCCCCGACGCCAACAGGUGGGUCCGCGUUCCGUUCCUCAGAGACGAGCGCUUUCAGUCGCCCCAGCAGCAGAGCUAGCAUUAAAGCUCAGUCGUCACCCCUCAUGACCCGCCCUAAACCGCCUUCUCGCACGUCGUCCCUCCAGAAGGUGAGCUCGGGCUACAACAGCCCCGCGACUUCUGAAACAUCUCUAAAAGAAGACAGCCAACCGUCCCCCACCUCCGACAGCCAGUUUAAACUCAAGUACCCCAGCUCGCCUUACAGCGGGCACAUCUCGCGGUCGCCCAGCAACAUCUCGCCCAGUUCUGGCCACCAGUCGCCCGUGGGCAGCGCGUCUUCUCCAGCGCUGUCCUAUUCCUCGACCGGAUCGACGCGCUCUAGCCCGGCCGACGCUCCGGAUAUUGACCGGCUUAAACUGGCUGCUAUUGAUGAAAAAGUCCAAGCCAUUCACAAUCUCAAGACAUUCUGGGCAAACGCGACCCAACAGCAUCACUCGGGGCCAAUGCGUGCGCUUCGCGGUAGAAAACUGAGUACAGCCAAACGUGAUGUUCUGGGCCUGCUUAAUCUCUCUCCCCGCCAUGCUGUGACAGACCAGGAUACGCCCAAUCAUGAACUGCAAGACGCUGGGCUCCAAUCCCUGGAGCACGGCUCCAGAAAUCCACCCAACGGCCAUCGCAAGAUCGAGCCGAAGAGGGUCGCACCUUCUCCGACAUCUUCCACCGGGAGUAGUCCUGGAUCUCACUCCAUCCGACUGCCCUCGGGGAACGGGUACAAGUUCCUGUCGCCCGGAAGGUUUUUUCCUUCGUCUAAAUGUUGAGACGUUUAUCUUUGCUUUGACACUCUCUUGACGAAGGAGGAUUUUGAGUAUUUAUAACUCUGAAAACAGUAACAGGACAGUCUGGGUUAGGAUGUGCACAUUCCCAGAAGCCUCAAACUGCCUACUGUUUAAUUCUGUGCAGAGAGCAUAUUAUCCUUAUGCUUCCACCUACACUGUAAAGGACCAUUUAUAUAUGCAGACUGAAAAAAAAACAGAGAUUAUACCAAAAUGGUAUUUCAACAAAAAGACGCUCGCUGUUUGUGUUAGUGAAGAUGAUGCGGCUUUGACCGGUUUAUUUCAUUUGAGUUUUUUGUUUUCAUUUGUAUUAUUAAUAUAAUUAUUGUUAUUAUUAUUAUUAUGGAUGGUAAUUGUUAUGACAGUUAUUUGUUUAGUAAAUUAAAUCAACGUUUUGCAAUCAGUAUUAUACGUUUUUAUAUUGUUAAAGAAGCAAAUCAUGCACAAAAAAGUAAAACAUUUUCAUAUUUUUAUGGAGGUGGUGACAGCGCACCUGACCUGACUUCUGUGUGAAUUGAGUGUCAGUAUUACAGCAUGGGGUUCUCUUGCUCUCCAGUGAUUUCGUGUCUUUUUAACAGAGAUUUUGCAUAUGUGGACUCUCAUCCAAACAUAUCUCAGUCAUUUCUCAGUAAAAUGGUCUCAAUAAAAAAUGUUUAAUUUA